AUGCAAACAGUGGAGACCCUCAAACAUAAAUACAACAUCACCAAUGACCAAAUCAGGCAAAGCCAGGCUGUCAGCACAGACUAUGAGAAGAGCGGUUGGGACCGUGGCCAUUUGAACCCCAAUAGCCACCACAAAACCAAGGAGAGCAGGAAUGCGACCUACACCCUCACCAACAUAGUGCCCAUGAACGAAAAACUCAACCGAGGCAACUGGAAAAAGUACGAGCUGCAAACGAUGCGCCAGAAAGCCAAGAACUGUCAAACUGGCAAAACCUAUGUCAUUGUGGGGGCUGUGCCUGGAAACUCUUCCAUUGCCAAUGGGAGGGUUAAUAUACCCAGCCACAUCUGGUCUGGUGUCUGCUGCAAGACCAAGAACAACACCUUGAGUGCUUGGGCAGCAAUUGCUGACAACAAUCAGAACAGGGUCUUGAAAAUUACUCUGGGGCACCUGGAGAAGAGGUUGGCCCAGCUGUAUGGAAUGAGAAAGGUUUCUCUCUUCGACGAGGACUGUCCCCGUAAAUAAGCCUCACAUCCCGAGUGUAAAAGGCUCGGGGGCUUUUCCCACAGAUCACAGAAUCACAGAA